GUAAUACGUUGUUUCAAGAUGGCGGCUUACAGUGUCAGGUCGUGUGUUGUGAAACACAGCUCAUAGUGGCAGUAUUUUAGCUCUGUUAGGAUUAACAAAUUCUACGUUUUUACAAGUAAUGCAAAUGUGGCACAGUUUGUGAACGCGUGACAACGUGAGCGGCUGAAUCUGGUGUAAAAAUUUAAAGAUGGCGGCGUGUACUUGAAAGACACUGAGAGGCAGCUGUGUCAAACUAGAAAACCACAACAGUCAGACAAAAUGUUUCUCUCUACAUGGUCGCGGCUGUCCUGCGGGGCUUUGUCCAGCGGAGGACAGAGGACGCUGAGCCUGUUCUCCAGCUCAGGACCUUCGAACUGGAAUAAAGUUGUCUCCGACGCGGAGAAGAUCGUCGGAUAUCCCACCUCCUUCAUGAGUCUGCGGUGCCUGCUCAGUGAUGAGCUCAGUAAUGUUGCCAUGCAUGUCAGGAAGCUGGUCGGGACUCAGCACCCUUUGCUCAACACUGCAAGGGGCUUUGUCUAUGACAGCAAGAACAACCUUCAGAUGAGGGGACUGAUCGUGCUGCUCUUGUCGAAAGCCGCAGGGCCGAGCCACGCCUCCUCCGAUCUCCUGCCUCAGGACAUGGUCAGCGGCAUCUACCCAAGCCAGCGGAACUUGGCAGAAAUCACUGAGUUGAUCCACACGGCGUUCCUGGUGCAUCGCGGGAUAGUCAAUCUUAAGGAGUGGACCGUUUCAGAUGGCCCACUGAAGGACAUGCAGUUUGGGAAUAAGAUGGCUGUCCUGAGCGGCGACUUCCUGCUGGCAAAUGCGUGUACAGGACUUGCCCAACUGGAUAACACUAAGGUUGUUGAACUGAUCUCAAGUGCCAUCGGCGAUGUAGUUCAAGGACUCUACUAUGAGAAUCACAAUAAUAAUGAGGAGAAUAGUCUCACCAAUGGCAUCGACGUGGCGGCGUGGGAGGAGCAGGCGUUCCUGUCCCACGGGGCCCUGCUGGCCAAGAGCUGUCAAGCUGCGAUGGAGCUCGCCAAACACGACAAGGAGUCCCAAAGAUUGGCGUACAAGUACGGGAAGCACCUGUCACUAGGCCACAAGCUGAACUCUGACCUGCAGCCGUUUGUGAAGAGCAACAUGGCCGAACCGACGUCGUUCUGUUUGAGCGCCGCCCCCGUGGUUUUCCACCGUCAGAUCAUUGGUACGGAAAGAUGGCUUCAACUGCUGCAACAGGCAAAGACUCAGAGAAACCAACUGGAUUACUCAAAGCUUUUGGCAGCAGUUAAGUCGGAGAAAGGCGUGAGCUCGGCUGUGGACUUAUGCUGUUACCAUGGCAACAAGGCUCUGGAGGCCAUCCAGGCUUUCCCCUCCUCCGAGGCUCGAUCCGCCUUGGAGAACAUCGCCUCUGCCAUCACCAAGAUUUGACCUGGACUCACACACACACACACACACACACACAUACUCACACAGCCUCUGAAUGCUUGAAGUGUCUUUGUCUGCACAGGCAACAGGAUGAGAACCAGUGAACAUUUGACAUUUCAGAGACAAAUGAACUUCUUAUGAGCCAGGUGCUGGCUCAUGUCAGGAGAAACUGCUCUGCUCUGUUGUGGAUGACAGUGUGCAUCAGAAAUGCAGUGCCUGUAUCCAUAAAUGGUCAUCAUUAAAAACAGAAUUAAAAACACAUUACUUCAGCAUCA